AAGCUGCCUCCCCUGGCUUGGAUGCUCAGGCCCCACAGCGCUGCCCUGCGUGGACAGAUGCGCGCACCCGGGCCUGACAGCUGAGCAGCCCCACACCUGAAAUCCCACCUCCAUUUGGCUCUGUGCCCAGCGGCCCCCGCUGCAGUCCCCGCGGUGGGGGCGGCCCCGCGGUCUCCGCCCGGCUUCAGCGCCGCCUCUGCUCUUUGCAUAGUAAUUUCAGUUCCUGCGAGCACCCAGCUCGCUCCCGGAACAGGUCUGAAAAGGACCGCCGCUCCCGAGCACACCGAAGCCAUCCGUGUGGCGCCGAAAGCCGCGGGUUAGGAUAUGCGACGGGAAGCCCCCGCCACAGCGCAGGCAGUGCCCCCGCCGCUCGGGGGAGAGCCGGGAGACAGCAGAUUGGUCCUUCAGAGGAGUCAUCCCUGACCUGUGUCUUCACUCUGAGCUACGACGGCUUCCCAUUGGGAGCACUGCUCAGGGGAGAGUUCUGAGGUUUUCCUGAAGAGAAAUUCCAUGGGGACUGUACCUGACCCUCUGAGAUCGGCUAAAACAUCCCUGAGCACAGCUUCUGGAAAGGAAGAGGAUCUGGGAGAGGCGCUGGCUGCCUCACUUCGCCCUCCACCAGCCCUGCUGUGUAAGAACACCAAUGGCCUUUCCGGUGUGCUUGCAGAACCAGACCUCAGCUCCAGUGCAGCUGCUGAGGCCCUGAUGCAGGCUUGUGAACAUGAGACCACCCAGCCAGACAUGUCUUCUCCUGGUGCCGUCAAUGAGGUAGAGAUAGCGUCUCCCACACUCAACUCUCCUGGCGAAACCCAGCUGCCAGGAAGCAACAAGCCCACAGCACCAGCCCCGUGUUCUGCAGCAGGAAAGGAUAUUAUACACACAGCAUUUACCAUGCCAGCCAGUCAACACACCCACCAGGCCAUCUCAGGGGACCAGCCCAAUGCCAGCCCCUCAUCAGGAUCUCAAGAUGUCCUGGUGAAAUCACAGACGUCCUCAGACGGAGGGCAACCGGAGACAUCAAGUUGUCCUGUGGGAGGCACUUGGAGCAGCAGCAAAGAUCAAGUGCCCUGUGAUUUUCCUUCUCAAGAAACAAUCCAGGGAAUGGUGCAAACUGCAAAUACAGCAGCCAGGGUGUUCAGUCAUGCCUCCUCUCCUGUAAUAGGCCCUACAAGGGAAAGGCAGGGAGAUGUUUGCGACUCCCAGGCGAGGUCCUGUGAAUCUCCCACAAGAGAAGAUGGAUGUUCAGGGAACAAACAGCCCUCUGUCUCCACCUCACACACCCAGGCCAUGACUUCUAUGACACCUCAAACAUCCCACCUCACCAGCAAAGGUUCGACGUUUCCUCCAGAUGCAGAAAAGGUGCUGCUACCAGCACAGCAUCAGGUGUCAAGGUUCAAAGAAGCAAGUACAAUGACCAACCAAGCUGAAGAUGAGAUCAAGGCAGUUCCCAACAGGACACAGCGAGAUGCUGAGGUGCAGGCAGUGGCGAGUGUCCAGAGCAGAUCAGUCUCCACCAGCCCCAGCAUCCUCUCUGCAUUCGUGAAGGAAACCCCUGCCCCUGAGCGUUUUGAACAAGGAGAGCAGCUGCGUGUCAUUUGCCAUGGCAGCGGGAGCCACACAGUGGAGCUGUCAGACAACACCCUACCCCCCCAGGAGUCGAGGCAGUGCCCUGGCACCAUGGCAGAGGUGCACAUCCAGGCAAUUGCAGCUGUUUCUGCAGCUUUCCAAGGGGAUCAGUUGGUGAGCCUACCAGGUGAGGUCCUCAAAACCUCAUCAGUCAAUGCGGCACCCAGUGAUGCUCAGGAAAGAUGUAAAGACGAUGGAAGGUCGGCAGGAAUGACCCCAGUGACGGCGGAGCAUAGCUCUAAACAGCUUUCUGGUACUAAUACUAGCUCCCUGAAAGCUAGUCCCAUCGACCAGAUUUCUAUCAGUGUAGGAAGUCAAGAUGAAACAAGACACGGAUUGGGGAAACUUGAAACUAAGCCGUCUGAGCUUGCGUUGAAAACCACAAAUGGCCACAAAAUAGACCCAGAUUGCAAACUCACUGACUCUUGUGGCCCUGUCAGCAAAGCUGACCAAUCUGGGAGCUUGGAUCCCUCUAAUAAAGGAGAUGUAAGAGAAAUGAAGUCUGCAUCUUCUCAGAUUGUAAAAGAACAAGAAUCUAAGGGCACCGAUAUCCUCGAUGCAAGGGCAGGGGCUGAGGCCAAAACGCUACUGCUCAAUCCUACAUCUCAAGCAAGUGGAGGCACAGGAUCAGCUGCCAAUCUCGUACCUUCCCCAAUUAGAAAUAACCAGGAGAGCACCAUAGAAGAAAAUAGACAGACCAAGACAGCCACCAGCCUGAGCCUGCCAUCUGAUUCCAUGGGUGACUCCAGUCCUAGUUCAGGAAAGAGGACCCCUUCUCGCUCGGUCAAAGCCAGUCCGCGCCGGGCCAGCCGGGUCAGCGAGUUCCUCAAGGAGCAAAAGUUAAAUGUGACAGCGGCCGCCGCUCAGGUGGGGCUCACUCCAGGAGAGAAGAAAAAGCAGCUUGGCGCUGACUCCAAGCUGCAGUUGAAACAAUCCAAGCGAGUCAGGGACGUCGUGUGGGAUGAACAGGGCAUGACCUGGGAAGUGUACGGCGCUUCCCUGGACCCGGAGUCCCUGGGCGUCGCGAUCCAGAACCAUUUACAGAGACAAAUCCGGGAACAUGAGAAAUUAAUCAAAGCGCAAAACAGCCAGACCCGGAGAUCCAUUUCCUCAGAUACUUCCUCAAAUAAAAAGCUCAAAGGAAGGCAGCACAGUGUGUUCCAGUCCAUGCUGCAGAACUUUCGACGCCCCAACUGCUGUGUUCGUCCUGCCCCGUCCUCUGUGUUAGACUGAAAGGGAAAGUGUAUGCGAGCCCUUGUACACGUUUAGGGGCUUCGGAAGUGUGCAUCCGUGUCAAAGCUUACUAAGUUUUGUUUUCGUUUUUCUUUCCUAAGAGACCAGGGAGAGAACGCAAGUAUUAACUAUAGGAAAUUGCUGUUAAGAAUUGUUGGGCCCUUUGGGGCUUCAUAAAUUAAAAGGCCAUUUUAAUUUGAAAGAAAGAACAAGAGAAAAGCAAGCUUCACUGAAAGUCUGUGACUUAAUUAAGAGGAAAUAAUAUUCACUGGGUUUAAAAAUAUGAUGUUACUUAUAGAACUAGCAUUAUCAUUAUACUUGUGUCGUUUAGUGUUACUAUCUCAUUUUGUCACACUAUGGUAUUUCCAUCAAACUCCCUGCUUUAUAUUAAAAUUACCAAAAACACUAUUAGCAAAACACUGUUAUACUUUCAGUCCUACUGCAAUAAGAAUCCUGUUACCACACAAAAUUUAAGUAGCUAAUAAGAACUAUAAAGUGAAAACUUGAAACAAAUUUGACUCAUUCCUAGGUCAGAUGACAUUAAGUAAAAGCUUUUAAAUGCAUAAAAUACCAAAUAUGAAUUAAUAUUUGUAAACAUCUACAGAUACCAUUUUUAUAAACCUUGUUAUACCUCUUAAUAAAUGUAAGGAAGUUAUAGUAGGAAAAUUAGCUAUGCUUUCAAAUAUGAGUACUGCCCACAUAAAACAUGAAUUUAUUUAUACACAUUUUCCUGCACUGAAGGUAAGGUACACCUCUCUGAUUCUGACAAGGUAAAAUUCAUAUUUCCUUACCCUAGAGGAAGUACAUGUGACUAAAUUAUUGAAAAGAAUUAUCAAAUUAUUGAUAAUACUAAAUUUUAUAUUGUACAGAUGUUCUCCAAACAGAUUCUAUUGAGAACAUUAAGGUUCUAGUAAGGAAUUAUCAAGAGCCGAUUAACAAACACUCUUGUUUCUGUGUCGAAAAAGGAAAGCUUCCUGAGUAAUAAAAUCAAUAUGUUUAAUUUAGAGUCCUGUAAACAGGAUGCAGUUUAUGUUUUUCUUUUGAUUUGGUUCAGUAGCUUCUAAUAAAAAAUGUAGUCAACACCAAAUAGAACACAAGCUUCCUUAGAGUUUUUUGUAUGUAGACUUGUAUCAUGUAAUUGCUUAUGUUUCUAACCUGUAGCAAAAAGGUAACCUCUGCAAACUUUUUUAUUAUGAGAGAAAUACCAUUAUAUCGCAUCUUUCAAACAAUAAAAGAAGCCUUCACUAAAUGUUGUUUGAGAUCUGGAUGGACUAUGGUCCUUGAGAACAUAGUCACCUGUUUGAGCUCAGCCCUCAGCUAUCUCAGAAGAAGACCGGGUGUAGGGGAACUAUGAGUGUCUUGCCGGGCACUGGGCGAGGAUGAUCAGCAGUGGCUUCAGAUUUGGGGUACUGGUUGCCUCCUCUGAACUCAAUUCCCUUAGAUGAGACAAAUGGCCAUAUAUAUAUUCUCUCUCUGGAGACUUAUAAAUGCCCUUUUUGCAUGAACUCAAAAUCUCAGUUUUGGCUUUUUUUUCAAUUCUACUUCACUUUUGCAGAUUCUGAACAUAUGGAGAAAACUCAUACCUAAACUUGAACACCACAAGCUACACUGGACACAACCUAAAUUAGUGAUAGCCUUUGAUUUCUUUCAAAGCAAUUGGACUGUAUAUGAGGCCUGCAUAAGUAGACCAUAGUCACGGCAUUCUCAGAGCCUGAGAACAGUGGUUGCACUUGGAACUUAUAAUGAAUUUUUUUAAUGACACAUUUUUCAGUUUCUAUCAAUUGGCCUCUAUUAAGAAUGUUAUCUAAAGUAGAAAUUACCAUCAAAUUAGUAAUCAAAUGACUAUUAAUAAUUAGACAUUUAGUCUAAAACUCUCUCUUUUGGCCUUAAAUGACCAUUUGUAGCAAUGUUCACGUCACUCCUGUCAGAGAUGCCAUUUCCAGGAUGUCAUCUCACGCCUGUCUCCUUCACAUGUUGGCAUACAUGCUGUGUAUACACGGAGAACACCCUGUGUACACAGUAGCAGCUGUCAACAGUACCCACUCCAGCUGGGUGGGCCCCAGGUAAUCCUUUGCUGUGAACUGGCUAGCACAGGCUGUUCCUUCAUUAAAAUAGGAGAAAAGGAAGAAUUCAGCAUCUGGUAAUAUUUAUUUUCAUGAGUUUGGAGUAAUCACAUGAUUUAUAAAUAAUUAAAUGAAGCAGAGGCCUAAAAGAGUUGUAGGCAUUUGUUGCACAUUAAAUAAACAAAUUAGUUAAAUUAAUUUAAAUUUAGUGGUGUUGUGCCUCUGCUAUUAACACUUACUAUUUGAGGUAGCAACUUUAACUGGUGUUCUUUGGUGCUGGAACUUACCUUUACUUCUUAAUCUUUAACUUUUUUAAUUUUUCAUCUUUACUUCCACCAUACUUUAGAGAUUGUCACAAAAUAUUACAGAAGCUUUCUUGUUUUGUUGCUUAUUGAAUCUUAUAGAAGGAACAGCUUUUAUAAACCGUAACAAAAAUAGAUCAUCAAAUGGAGAAAUAAGAUAGGAGCUUGUUCAAGACAACCACGUUUAUGCAUUAUGAUACCCUAAGUACUCUCACAAUAAAAACCUUGAUUUGAAAAUUUUCCUUCACUUCAAUCUGUGACACAGCACAGACAUUUAGUACAUCAUUCAUGACUCCUUAGGUUCAUUCAACAAAUGAGGUUGCAAAACAAUUUUAAUGGCAGCUUCUUUGAACUUGUUGGGUUAUUCCUUACCUGUGUGACACACAGUGGGUUGAAAGUUGUUUGUCCUUAAUUCCUCUUGGUUAUGUUUUGGUCCUUUUUAAUGCAGUUCAGUUGUUGAAAUAAAUGAAGGAAAUGUUUUAUUAAGUCAAUAAAUAUAAAAUAUUUCUUAAACCAGUAGUAAAAGGGAGAUGAGAUAGAACGCAGUGUCUGGAAGAUAAUGAAACAUUUAAAAUAUUACGAUGCUAUCCAGCUUACUCUGUGAAUACUAGUAUUUUUAAUUUAAAGACUGAUCUUUCUAUUUUUAUGACCACAAGAAAAAUGUCAUCCCUUUAGCUGUCAUGUCUUUAUCUUCAGUGCUCUUCUAAUUAUGUCUUUCUGGAUUAUUGAUUUGAAUGCACAGACCAAUUACUUUACGUACAGUAAGAUCCUAAUUAAUCUUUGUGUGAUUUGGAUCAGUGGCAUAAGUUGAACAUUUUGUUAGCUCAAAGUUAACCAGACAUAUAAACCAGAUAUUUAUAAAAUUUAUGAGUAUAAUUUUCUACCUUGACAAGUUCAGCUAUAUUGAAUCUUAUUUGAUUUUUGACGGUUUUUUUAACCUUUAGAAUUGUCUGAUACUCAUUAUUUUGGAUACCAGUGUUCUCCAUGUUAUUGUUAUAGGUUAAAUAUCAAAACUGAAAUAAAUUGGACUGAAUUGGCAUGUAUAGCUACAGCUUGAAUUUUGGAACCAAAUCCUUAAUAGGAUUAAGCUUGUCGUCCUAAAGUAUAAAGCCGAAGACAAAAAUGGCCUUUCGAUGCAUACCCGAGUAUUGGGAUUUUAUUGUUCCUAGCUUAUUCUAAUGUUAUUCCUCUGAUUUCUGGGAGUUCCUGUCAUUCUUGGAAUACGUGUAUGUAUAUACCACAUGAAGACUAGAAUACGAGGUGACUUUAAAAUUUGUUUAGAGAGAUAUAUCUGCGUACAAGUAUGCUGUUAAUGUAAAUUGUUUCCCUUUGCUGUAUCCACUCUGUUACUGUUUUACUGCUUAAAUAUGAAAAAUUGAUUCUUUUUCCAACAUAUUGUGCAAGUGUUAGAAGAUUUGUCCGCUUCUAGUACCACAUAAUUCACCACAUUUUUGGUCUACUUUUUAAGAAUCAGUAUAAAGAAAAACAAUACAUUAGAAUAAGGUUUGCAUAUACGUAUGUGUGUUUUUACUGAAAAUUGGGCACUUGCCGCAUUGCGUAGGCCUCUACCUGUCUGAUUUACUAAUCAUCUAUAAUGCUGCCAUGGAGAUGACGCUGUUUACUCUCUCCUGCUUUGUCCUAAAUGGUGUUUGAGAAAAGAGGCCUGUGAAUUUCCCUUUGUGAUAAUAAUACAGUGAACUCAGCAGUGUCUUGGACAAAUGAGCUGACCAUCUUGUCCUCACCCCCGUUUUGUCUAUACAGUAAACCAGAAAACUUGUGUACGUCUACUUCAGUGUUUACUAUUUUACAUUCAUAUCUAAGCAUUUUGUUUUCUGUUAACAAUGCUCCUUGUAUGGCCCUUUUGGUUGAAUCUCUCCAAAUGUUGGUCAGCUGCUGCCACUUGGCAAAUAACAGGUGAUACGCUAAAUUUCCUGUCUAUCCUUGUAACUAUAUCAUUGUAAUGAAAUUCUGCAGCUGGGUGAGUAAUUAUAAAUGUCAUCUGUGCAGAUACAUGAGCUUACAGAUGUCUACAAAAUUUUAGACAUUUUUUAAAAGGGGAAAAAUUGUCUUGUAAAUAUUGAAACAGAUAUCCAUGAACUUUAGCCUACUCUUGGAAAAUAAAUGCUCCUUGGCUACAGAAAUCAAAUAAACUUGAUUUGCAAUGACCAAGGACAUAAAUGAAGUGGAUGACAGUGGAAAAAUUCUUUCUCACAAGUAAUUAGUGACAUCUGCCAGAGGUCAUUACAGCUACUUUUAACUGUGAACACUCACCAGCUAAACUGCUCACUUGCCACAACCAAAUAACCUCUCGAAGUAAAUCCAAUAUAUCUGUAUAUAUGUAUAGGUAGAAACAACAAAAUGUCCUGAAAAAUUGCUGUUGGCUCUUAGGCAAUCAAGGUGAUGAUCAUUUUAAAGGACAUUUCAAUACCCAUGGGCCUUGGUGAAAUGAUUGUGGAGGCCAGAAUGGUUCAACAAGAUGUUAUUUAUGAGUUUGGUGUUUUCUUUUAAGUCCCAGAUAUCUCAGAUACUAAUCACGAGAAUAAAGACUGUUGAAUAUGAAUUAAAGCCAAGCAAUAAUGUGCCAAAAAGAGGCGUUAUACCAGCAAGUCCAUCUCUAUGGGCACACUGUUAUAUGGUUAUGGUCUGCUCCACGAAAAUUGACUGUAACUGAUAGGAUACAAUAAGCAAAGGCAUCAUUUCUGCUUUCUUGAUGGAAACACUUGAUUACAAGCUCCAUAAAGAGAUACAACACUAAUAAGCAUUGAUAGGGAUGUGGUAAGCAUCUGUUUUAAUGCUAGCCAAGACAGAAAAUAAGUCAAGAAGUCUUGCUAACUUGAAACUCAAGACAGCUCCAACCGGAAACUUCAUUGGAAUGGAGAAGUUAAGCAUGUGAUAGCUAACUCUUCCUGGACAUUUGCAUGUAGAAAAGCAAUUUAGUUAGCUGUACCUGGAGAAUUACCACAGCUUUAGCUAUGAAAAAUGGGUUCCCAAAUGUAAAAUAAUUAAAACAUAAGUACUUGUAUCCAAAGGGGCUUCAGAUAAUGCCUUGUGGAAAAUGAUGUUCCAGAUGGGCGUUUCUAAAUACUAAUUCUUCAUCAAGUAUCUUGGGUUCAAGCUCAAAAUCAAUUGGCUGCCAAAGAGUAGGAAUAACACUCAAUAUAUUUUACACUUCAGAAAAAGAUACUGAUGAUCAGCCAGCAUGGUGAUGGUUAUGAUAAGAGCUAUCCUAGUGACGUAAGUGUGUUAAGCAGAAUUAAAUGGGGCGGGAAAGAAAUGCUAACUUCCUUCUUGCUCUCAAGAUGUGGGGAUGGCAUCCACUUAUUUCUGGGGUGAAAGUUAGAGCUUGCUUUUGACAUUGCUGCUAGCAUUUACUGUUUGUUAUUUUAAAAUUUAAAUUGUAUGGUUUUUAGCAAAACUUUUAAGCAGUUACACAACAUUUUUCUGAUUCAAUCAUGGCUUUCAAUAUCAUGUAAAGACUGUGCAGAGCAAACUAUAUCAAAUGAGUCAAAAGGGCUUACCCAGGUUUAUCAGUAUAUUUUAAUGAUUUUAGUUUAGAUUUCUUAGCAUUUAUUUUAACCAGAUAUUUGAGUAAAUUAUUUUUCAUAAUGUUCUCCAUUGUGUCUCAAAAUGAUAUUGGUAAAUCAGGAGACUGCAGUAUUAUUGUCAUACUCCUUAAUCCCUAGAGGAGAGCUCGUUUUAAGGGCAUCUGGAGAAACCUUUACUGAGGUUGAGAAAGGUCAACAGGGCCUGAAAACCCUAGAAAGAAAUAUAUUAACAAUAACUAAAUGUCUAAACAUAUUUAUCUCUGCUGUACUAUUGUGUGAAAAAUAUGUUGUGCAUAAUACUGUAGCUGGUCGUGGUGUGUUAGUUCAUUCUGUAAGUGUGUACAGUCUGUGAGUGGUUGGUUUUCUAUUUUUAUGUGUAGAAAAAAACAUAACAUGCUGCAUCCCAUUUUAAGGCCAAGUUCUGUCAUCAGGUAGUCACAUGUACGAAAGUGAAUAAAGCUAACUAAAGUGUGCAUGUGUAUUCAGUAACAGAAUUUGUCCUUUUAUUUUUGAAGGUCAGAAAGGGCUGUUGGAUUUUUUGUUUUUAAUCAUCUUUGAGAGUAGAUAACAUAAUUAUCACAAAGGUUGACUAUAGUAAUCAGUACAUUGGCAUGUUACUAAAUAUGCCAGGGCUAAUUAAGUACACCAUUAGACACAGGUAAGGUCAGUUCUUUGACCACCAGGAAGAUUUACAUUCCUCACACAUCCUCUCUAUGCUAAGUGUAUGACUAGGAGGUACAUACUAUGGGUGUGAUCGUGUACAUACCUCGUAUGAAUUAUCUAAAUCCUCAAAGCAGCUCCAGGAAAGCAGGAAAAGAAACAGUUGUUCAGAAGCCUCAAAAGGGCGAAUCAAUGUGUAUUUUCAUUUUCUACACAUAAAAGUGUAUACAUAACUGUAAAUAGCUUACCCACAUAUAUAUGCACACAUAAAUGCAUUUUAUUCAUGCUGGUAUAUUUAAAUAAAUCAUAAAUUAAAACAACUAUUUGAAAAUUGCAUUUUUCCAUGACUGUUCUGUUUUACAUAUAUUAAUAUUGGAUUAGAUGUUCUCCGUUAAAUGGUGUUACUCCCUGGUAGCAGAUUUGGUGCUUAGGAAAACCCAGUGCCACUGGGCCACAAAAAUCUAGUUAGCAUCUUACUGAGGCAUAGACUGUACCUGAGCAGCUUCAAAGGUUUCAUGCUGUUCUUGAAGCACCUAAUUUUAUAUCUGGAAAUGACAAACACUGGGGAAAACCAAUUAUGUUUUGUAGACUCCAUUUGUACAUUUAUUAGUGUGUAUAUUUGCAGAGGUUGAUAAAGACCUACAUUUUUUUAGAGCUAUAUCCCUAGAUUUCAAAAGAGUAUAUAAUCACUCAAAGUGGAAAAUGACUGUAGGCCUUCUUCUUUUGAGAUCAGCAAAACGAUGUUUUACAACACCAAAGAGAAGUCUAGAGUAAAAAAAAUUGUUUCAAUUACAGAUGGUGUUGGUAGGAUAACAGGAUAUGAGCGAUUGGGAGUUCCUUAAGAUGGACUCAAAUAAAUUAUGAUCAUUAAUAACAGGUGAUAAAUAUACUAGGAGAACUCCAUAAUAUAAAGUUAGUCAUUAGCCAGCAAAUGUCCACACUGGACACUUGUCAACUUAUCACAAUUGGAAUCAGUAAGUUGAUGUUUGAGUUUCUCUCAUUUCUUCUAAAAGGAAAUACUCUAUGAGAGAUCUAGAAGUCUGACCUGGUUCCUAAAACCUAAUAUGAUUUGACCCCAAUUCCUUGACACUAAAAGUGAUGUUGGCUGGGUAUUAGGUUGAAGAUAUGAAUGGAAAUACCAGAAUUACCCAUUAAUAGAGAAAUCUAUGUGACAAAGUGCAAAUAUAGCCUCAGUAGAAAAUUAGUACCUUUUACUACAUAACCAUGUUUUAGAGAAUAAAUAUGCCAUCUUUAUAUCUUAGAUAAAAAAUAAAGGUUAACCAACCAUAAGAACACUGCAAUUACCACUAUACCUGUCUUUGUUUUUUAACAUACUUGUUUAUAAGAGCAGCAUACCUGAAAUCUCGAUGUUUGUCAAUAUUUACUGUCGCUUACAAGAUACUUUUAUGUAUUUUGGAAAACGUGUAUUAAUUUAAAUGCCACCUAGAAAAAGUAUAGCUGUCAAUGUGAGAAUCAUCUGUGUUUCUAAAUACUCAGCUGAGAAAGAUCAAAAGUGUAAUAAUGUAAGGUUAAAUCACUGAAGAAAUAGUAAUAUCAAAAUGAAAUUCCAUUAAUGAAUGUAUCAAUAUUAGAAUCUAAAGUUAUGUUUUUUCAUGACGUCUAUAUAAAAAGGUCAAAAAAUAGUUUACUCCAGAAAGUCCCCAUCCUCCAGAAAUUGACCUACCAAUUAAAUUUAAUUUCCUAGAAAAAAAGAUGAAUUGUUAUAAUUUAUAUAAGAUAAAGAUUUUGGAAUUAUAUACACUGCAACCUUCAUUUUGGACUUGAUUUUUGAAUGGGUGAAUGAAUGAAAUUCAACUGAUGACUUAGUUUUACCGUCGAGAAAAUUUCAAAUAUGAUUUUUUUUGCAUUUCAUUUUCCAUAAUAAACAUAAUAUAGAUUAAAAUUUACCAUCUUCGUUUUUUGUUAUUGUUAACUGAUUUUGCCACUUCUGUCAAAAUUGUUCUUUUAGCCCGAGAUAUUUAGAAUUACUUGAUUUUCCAGUGUGACACACUUCUGCUAGGAAUCAGCAGGGGAGCUGAAAGUAUUUACCAUGAAAGUUGUUUUUCCUUUAAUUAAAGUAGAAAUUCCCAUAAAUAAACAA